AUGGACAACUCAUAUGAUGACUUGCUGGCAAUCUCAACAUUGGUACUGUCACUUAGUCAGAAUGUGAGUGACUCGGAAGAAUAUAUAACGAAACUUCAAAGCUUAUCAAAAAAUCUAGUAUCGAAAGACCAAUACGAACAACUAUCAAAAGAGGCUGACGUUUUAACCGAGUCCAAUAACAAUGCUAAUGACAAUGAUGAAAUGUCAAUUAUACGCAAAUUGGAAGAAGAAAGAUUAUCUUUGAUUAUGGACAUUCAGCGAGAGGAUUUUGUUUCUUCCAAGUUGAUUGAAUUGAUUGAUCAAAAUCAAGAAAUAAUCGAGUCGGUUAAAGAAUACCUAGAGGCCAGGGAAUCGAUACAAGAAGAGGAGGCGGCUUACACCAAGAAGCAACUAGAUAUAUUUGUAAAUGAUAUUGUGCUACCUAUUUUGGCUCAGCUAAAUGAAAAUUUGACUGGAUUGCUGGCGAGGAUGAAAAAUGUUGCUCGGAAACUUCUCAGAAUACAACUCAGAGCCAAGGAAAACCCCGAUUUAGCAAUGUCCGAAAACUACCGGAAGGAAUUUACCGAGUUGGUCCAAUGCUUUUGCUCAUUAUGUAAGGAAUACAAAACUACUUAG